AUUGUGGUAGUGGGACCUCCAGGUUGUGGUAAAAGUGAAUGUAUUAAAACAUUUGCCGUGGCAGAAAGAGAACGUGGUAAAACUAUCACCAUACAGAGUGUGUUUACUAAAGCUGUAGAAUCUGAGGAACUACUGGGCUUCGUUCAUCCUAAAACAAAAGAAUGGAAGGAAGGUUUGCUGACGUCGUUAUUACGUAAAUUCUGUAUUCCCACCAAUAAUGGCCUACCUGUCAUUGAUAUGAAACCAGUUAUGAAAAUAAUGCAACUGGAUGGUGAGGCUGAUGGAGGACAAAUGGAGCUGCUUCAACAGAUUUUAGAUCACAAUGGUUCUGUUGUUCUAUCAAAUAGUGAACGAUUGGUUCUACCACAGUCACUUAGAUUUAUCUGGGAGUUAGACUCGCUAGAGAAUCUAAGUCCGUCACUGUUAGCUAAUGUAGGAGUAUUGGUAAUGACUGAAGGAGAUGUAGGAUGGAAGAUAAUGUUGGUCCAGUGGCUUGAACAUCGGCCCGAGACCGACCAAGACCUGCUGACCAGUUUCUGUAACAGUUAUAUGGAGAAAUUGGUAGACUAUGUCUCAAAAUGUACCCAACCUCCUAUAUUCGGCUGUAAAGAGUCCAAUGCUCUUGAUUGGUUUUUUAUUUCUCUUUUGAUAUGUUUUCAGUCACUAGUCAAUCCGUACCCUGAACUAAGUGAUGUGGAAUAUGAAAGAUAUUUUAACUACGCCUGUAUCUGGGCAUUCGCUGGUACCUUAUCAAUGGAACAU